AGUUCAGGUAAAUAGGAACUUCGUUGAAUGGUCAGGAAAACAUUCGAUUUUUUGAGGAAACACUAAGGACAAGGAAAUCUGCAUUCCACGAGGUCGUUGUUAGCGGCUCAUCCAUUGCGGACAUUUAAAAUAUCUAAAUUGGUGAAUUUUAGGAUUCUUAUCAAUCGGGGUGGUGGUAUAUCGUAAAAAUGUGUACAAACGUUGAAACCGAAACGUAUUAAGGGGAGGAAAAUGUCGGAUUACAUUGAUAUCAUUCGCAAACCGGAAACCCAGAACUGGUUUAAGGCGGCCAUGGGUAUGAACAUCACACGUGACUGCCUGCUCGACAUUGUGAAAGAGAUUACUCAUGAACUGUAUCAUACCAUUCGUAAAGAGAUCAAUAGAAAACACGGUGUUCCCGAGAUCAAUGUCUGCAGUCAGUGUCACACUCCAAACGUUUUGACUUGUGACGACGAUAAUAAAUGCUGUAAUAAAUACGGAAGAUGCGCAUUUCAUAACAUUCAUAAGUUUCAAAAUUGCAGAGCUAAAUUAUGCAAUGAAAUAUGUAAGGAAAUUGUAUACCAUCACCGAUUUCGCAAUCGUUCAAAACCAAACAGUUUUCAAGGCCCUACCUGGGUAAACACAGAUGCGUCUAAAUGGUGCGCCGACCCCUGGCAGAUUGCAAAAUGCUAUCUCUCAAAAGACGCAUACAAGGACAUUAAUAAAGAAGAAGAGGCUGACUUCAACGGCAUAGUUAAUAUUAUGUACAACUGUGAAUUCUUUCAAAUGUAUUUCAAGGACGACCUGACACAAAAGGAAAAUGUCUGCAUCAAGGCUCGAGAUGUAAGGCAAGCUGUAUGCCAUUCCUCCACAAUGUCUAUGGCCAGCCACGACAGUGACAAAGCCAUCGACACUCUAGUAGCGCUGUUGCAGAGCCUGAAACAUUUCAACCAUCAGGCUGUGUCGAAGACUGCAGUUGAGAAGCUAAAACAGCUGAAGAAUGGAACGCUAGCAAUUACUACUGAAGACGUUGCAACAACUUUUCAGAACUUGAAAGACAAUUUAAUUGCACAAAUAAAAGAAGCUCUUGAACAAGAAAGGGAUAAAGUUGUCAAAGAAAUGGUCGAUGCUUUAAAUGAAAACAUAAGUAAAGCACUUGAAACAAUACAAAGGAAAGGCGAUGACGUUCUAAAAACUGUACAAAUGAAAGAAGUUGACAUACUUGAAACGGUACAAAGGAAAGGAGAGGAUGUACUGGAAACUGUACAAAGUACAGGAGAUGACGUACUUGAAACGGUACAAAGGAAAGGAAAUGAUGUACUUAAAAAGAUACGAAGGAAAGAAAAUGAAGUGCUGAAUAAAAAGAACAAUACAACAAGGAACAGUACACUAUACAAAAUCCAGUCUUGGUUAGUUCAACAGUACAGAAAAAGGUGUGUUGUGCCGGUGUCGAUGCUGGAUCCUGACAUAGAUGUACCUUUAGAACGGAUCUAUGUUUCUCCGUCCAUCAAGGAACUUAAGAGAGGCCAAAACGGCAGACAAAGCGGAAGUAAAACAGACAAGACUUCAACGAUGGAAACAGACGUGAAUUCCUACAAAGAAUUGCUGAAUCGUGAUGGGAAUCAAUUUAAUACAAUUUAUAUCCAAGGCGAUCCGGGUUGUGGUAAAACGACAUUUUCAACAAAGCUAGUUCUUGAUUGGUGUAAGGCCAAUUCUGAAAAUGGUGCCAGUACUAAGAAAAAAAGGAAAGUCGCUACCAGAGGAAAGGCGUCAAACCGAACAGGUUUCAGCGAUCUAGACACUUUGCGAGACUACACAUUUCUGUUUUUUGUGUCAUUACGUGAUUACAGUGGAAUCAUGUGUAACGUCAGUCAGAUGGUCGAGGAAGCCAUAAAAAGCAACAAACUACCUUGGGAUGACAGUGUCUGGGAACAUAAAUGUAUUGUUCUCACAGACGCUGCAGACGAAUGGCACCAUCCUGAAAUACCCCUCCCACCGCCAUGUCACAUAGAGUGCAAGUGCCGUAAAGACCGAGGUAUGCCACUGUAUUUAAAGCGAACAAACAUUACCAACAUUAUAACCGCACGACCAUAG